UAGCAUUGUUCUUGAAUAUUUAUGUACUUUUAAUUUCUCCAGGGCCGGAGAGGUUUACGAACCCAAAGCGCACAACAGCUGGGAUCGCAACAGCGAGAGUAAAAGCGUCCUGGGAAGUCGGUGACCAGCCACGGGCUGCCCAGGUCAGGUCCGGUCACGAUUUAGGAUACCGCAGAGUUACAAGAAGCGAAACCCCGCCGGCCCACUAGCUGCCCCGGACCCGGGGAGGCGGGGCCAGGAAACGCACCAAUGCGCAGACUCCGCGGCCGCACGCAGGCGCACAAGGGAGAGGCCACGGGGGCGGGGCCACGAGGGACGGAGGGAGCGUGCGACAGAGGGCCCCAGGCCCGAGUGGCUGAGGUUUGGGCGUUUCCGUCUUUUACGCCUUCGGAAGGAGAUGCGAGUGCCCAUGCCUUUGCAGGGCGUCUCGGUCGUGGAACUGGCCGGCCUGGCCCCGGGCCCGUUCUGCGGUAUGGUCCUGGCGGACUUCGGGGCGCAGGUGGUGCGUGUGGACCGGCCGGGCGCCCGCGGCGACCUGAGCCGGAUGGCCAGGGGCAAGCGCUCGCUGGCUGUGGACCUGAAGCAGCCGCGGGGAGCGGCGGUGUUGCGGUCGCUGUGCGCCCGGGCGGAUGUGAUGCUGGAGUCCUUCCGCCCUGGUGUGAUGGAAAAACUCCAGCUCAGCCCAGAGAUUCUGCAGAAGGAGAAUCCAAAGCUUAUCUACGCCAGGUUGAGUGGAUUUGGCCAAUCAGGAAGAUUCUCUAGGGUAGCAGGACAUGACAUCAACUACUUGGCUUUGUCAGGUGUUUUAUCAAGAAUUGGCAGAAGUGGUGAGGCUCCAUAUGCCCCACUGAAUCUCCUGGCUGAUUUUGGUGGUGGUGGCCUCAUGUGCACACUGGGCAUCCUGAUGGCGCUAUUUGAACGCACACGCUCUGGCAAAGGUCAGGUCAUUGAUGCAAACAUGGUGGAAGGAACAGCAUAUCUAGGUUCUUUUCUGUGGAAAACCCAACAAACAGGACUGUGGGAACAGCCUCGUGGACAGAACAUGUUAGAUGGUGGAGCACCUUUCUACACAACCUACAGGACGGCGGAUGGCGGGUUCAUGGCUGUUGGAGCAUUAGAGCCCCAGUUCUAUGAGCUGCUGCUCAGGGAUGUCCCUCAUGGUACUUCAGUGAUGGGGUCGCCAGAGCACAGAGAGACUUUGGUGAAUGAGAGUUUGUUGGCAUAUGUUACCACCACUUGAUGCUUCUGCAGUUUACCUUUCUUGCAGAUUCUCAUCUCAUUGACAUGUUGCCACAAGUUAGCAGGAAGAUUUGGGAUCCCCUCUUCCCUAAUUCAUAAUUGGACUGAAGUUACUUUGUUCCUGUGAAAUGUGAAUUUAAAGUUUACAGAUAAUUUAGUAUCUAAGAAGUCUUAGAAUAUACUCUGAAGCAAUGUGACAGGCUGGUUGCAGCACAUUUAUCUUUCAGCUUUAAGUUUGGAGUUUUAUUGCCGUGUUUGGUAGCUUUUCAGAUGCGCAGUGCUACUCAGAGUUAUUUGUAUAUUGCCGAAAGGACUGUUUCUGCUAGCCUCAGAAAGCAUUCUGUGAUCAACUAUAUUAACUUCACCAACUUAACUAUAAGUUAGAGAAAUCAUAGAACAAAAUGGUUUAUCUAGAUCAUAGAGGAUGCCUUUCCGGCCAGAAAUUAAGACUAAGACUAGAGAUCAAUUCAAAAUUCUGGACAGAGCAAUGCUAUACGAGGGGCUGAGUGGUGGGAACAACACUCCCACUCUGGGGUGCAGGGCCCUAGGAAGCAGCAGGUACAUAACAUAGUGGAGUCUGUGCCUUACAAAAACCUUGUGUUUUUGUCUAUAGGGAAUUUAAAUAUAAUAAUAAAAUUAACUAAUCUUCAGUGAAAUUUUGUUAUCACCAUGCACAGGCAAUUCUAAAUGACAGUUGCAACUGACUUUUUUUUUUUUUUUUUUUUUUUUUUUUUUGACAAAUGUCUCAGGAAUAGGGCAGUGUAAGCUCUGAGUCAGAUCAAAUAAAGACAAGCCCUGAGGAUGGGGGUUUUCAGGCAGCUGUCAGACAGGCCAAACAUUGGCGCUUCUCUCGGGGGAGGAUUUUGCGGGAGCUUCAAACUCAUUUUGCCUCCUCUUCCUUGGCUGUUAACCUACUGGUUUUCACGACUACCAUUGUUGAGAGCCUGUUGGUUUUCAAGGCCAUCACAGAGCUGGGGAGAGAGGGAUGAAAUUAGCCUAAGUUAUAACACCACAAAGCUCACUGGUCUUACUGAGUUCAGUCAUUUUUUUUCUUAAAUAUGCUCCUUAGAUUGUUGCAAGCUUUUAGUUAAUUUCUAGAGUUACAAAACUGUUGAUUCUGACAAUUUGUGCCAGUGUUCUUGUUGCUUUCAUGCAGGAGCCAAUUUUUGAAGGUCCUUGCUCUGUCAUUUCAGAAUUUAACUCCCCUCUGUGGUGUAUUUUGUUGUUUUCUUAAAAACUUACAUGUUUAGAAUGAUCAUUUCUAACAUCCACACUCCACUGCGUUUUAUAGCAGGCAGACUGCUCCAGCCCUUGACUUGUAAUCGUCUUCUCCCGGGCUUCCUCUUUCUGAGUCUAAACUCUGUAACCCCUCCAGUUGUUUUGCAGUCACGGCCUUUUGUGGUACCUUUCAUGUCCUCUCCCUUUAAAGUUCACUAAGGAUCCUUAGCUGGCAGGUAGCUUGUGCUUUAGGUGGACUUAGCAAGUUCAGUCAGCUUUUGUUUAAUCUACAUAGUCCAUGCCGAAAUGCCUCAGCAUCUUCUUUCAUCUACAAUAUUGAUUUGCAAAAAUAGUACUUUUCCUUGACCCAUACACAUUACUUCUCUCUCAGGCCUAACUGGACAAACCCCCAUAUCUGUAAUGAUUUUUUGAGGUAGUUUUAAUUUAUUUAUUUCACCUUAUAUACUGAGAUCUUUGAGAACAUACCUUCAUUUAGCUCUCAGUAUCUGAACAUAAAUACACAAGGUUUUUGUAAGUCUCCAACUCCUCUGUGCUAUGCCCUGCUGCUUUCCAGGGCAAAGAAAUCUGAAAGUACUGAGAAUUUCAUGACCUCUUGAGACUCUUGUAGUAAAUCAGAUAAGCAAUAGAGAAUUUUAUUUUAUUUUAUUUUAUUUUUGCGGUACACGGGCCUCUCACUGUUGUGGCCUCUCCCGUUGCGGAGCACAGGCUCUGGACGCACAGGCUCAGCGGCCAUGGCUCACGGGCCCAGCCGCUCCACGGCAUGUGGGAUCUUCCCGGACCAGGGCACGAACCCGUGUCCCCUGCAUCAUCAGGUGGACUCUCAACCACUGCUCCAGCAGGGAAGCCCACAAUAGAGAAUUUUUUAAAGUUGUUUUAAAAUUUCAAAAUGUUAUUAAAAGAAAACCAGAAAAUAACAAGUGUUGGUGAUGAUGUGGAGAAAUCAGAACCCCAUGCAUUACUGUUGCGAAUGUAAAACUGCAGCCACUGUGGAAAAUAGUAUAGUGGCUUCUCAAAAAAUUAAACAUAGAAUUACCAUACGAUCCAACGAUUCUACUUCUGGGUAUAUAUCCAAAAGAAUUAAAAGCGGGAACUUGAACAGAUAUUUGUACAUCCAUGUUCAUAGCAUUAUUUACAGUAGCUAAAAGGUGGAAGCAACCAAGGUGUCCAUCAACAGAUGAAUGGAUAAACAAAAUGUGAUAUAUAUAAAAAACAAUGAAAUAUUAGUCAGCCUUACAAAAGAAAGAAAUUCUGAUAUAUGCUGAACAUGGAUGAACCUUGAAGACAUUAUGCUAAGUGAAAUAAGCUUGUCACAGAAGGACAAAUAUUGUAUUAUUCCACUUAUAUGAGAUACCUGGAGUGGUCAAAUUCAUAGAAAGUAGAACGGUGGUUGCGAGGAGCUGGGGAAGCAGGGAAUGGAGAGUUAGUGUUUAAUGGGUAUAGAGUUUCAAUUGGGGAAGAUGGAAAGUUCUGGAGAUGGAUGGUGGUAAUGGUUCCAGAACAAUAUGAAUGUACUUAAUGACACAGUACUGUAUUCUUAAUAGUGAUUAAAAUGGUACAUUUUAUAUUUUGUGUAUUUUACCACAAUUUAAAAAAAUGAAAAAAAUUCAAAAUAAUAUAGUUUUUUAACGAAAAAAAAUGUAAACAAUACAGAAUUUGUAAAGUAAGAGAAAAAAAUUCUCCCUUGUCCUUCCGCUUUGGGUAAGUUUGGGAUAUGAAGAACUUUCCGUGUGCACAUACAAACACAAUUAAAGAAGAACUUUCCCUGUGUACAUACAAACACAAUUAAAAUUUUUUUACAAUUUAUAUAUAAUCUAUUUAAUUAUAUAAAUUUAUAAUUAAUAACUAUUUUUAUUCAAAAAUAUAGCUAAGACAUCCUUUUUUGUCAGUACCAAAGAUCUUCAGCCUCACCCUCUUUAUAUAGCAGCCAUAUCAUAUUCCGUGGUAUGCCUGUACUAAAAUUUAUUUAACCACUUCCUUAUUCAAGUUAAUUUACGUUUUUUCCAGGUUUACAUUAUAACACAUAAUGUUUAUUGUUUAUUAAUAAGCAUUAAUCUUUGUACAUAUGUCAUUGCAUACUUGCAGCAUACAUUUUGACUGCUUAAUAUGUGCCUAAUACUGUGUUACAGAGCAGAAAGUUUAUGACGUGUACUUAAAACAAUAAAUAUUUUGUAUAAUUGUGUGUGUGUGUGUGUGUGUGU